AUGUCGCUCGUGUCCGGCGAGAAGACGAACUUCCAGUACAUCUUGCGUCUGCUCAACACCAAUGUUGACGGCAAGCAGAAGAUCAUGUACGCCUUGACCCAGAUCAAGGGUGUCGGUCGCCGUUACUCCAACUUGGUCUGCAAGAAGGCUGAUGUUGACCUUUCCAAGCGCGCCGGUGAGCUCACCACCGAAGAGCUCGAACGUGUCGUCACCAUCCUCCAGAACCCUACCCAGUACAAGAUCCCCACCUGGUUCCUGAACAGACAGCGCGACAUCACCGAUGGCAAGGACUCGCAGGUUCUGUCCAAUGGCCUCGACAGCAAGCUCCGUGAGGACCUCGAGCGCCUGAAGAAAAUCCGUUCUCACCGUGGUCUGCGUCACUACUGGGGUCUUCGUGUCCGUGGUCAGCACACCAAGACCACCGGCCGUCGUGGCCGCACCGUCGGUGUCAGCAAGAAGAAGGGCUAA